UUCUUCUGGUCAUUUUAAAAUCUUUUGCCUGUUUUUAUGCUUUGUUAACUUAUUUAAAAAUUGUGACCAGAGGAGCGGAGUACCAGACAUAAAAUCAUGUUGUAUAUUUACGAAUUCGGUUAAUUUUUUGUUGUUGUUGAAUUAACGUAUCUGCAACAUGCUUUUAUGUUUUGGCAAGCGCAAAUGGAGUACGCUCUGGGAUUCUUGAACCGUAAUCAAAAUGGCACCAGUUAAGAAAAAGACAAAUGAGAGUAUCAACUCCAGGUUGGCACUUGUAAUGAAAAGUGGAAAAUACACACUCGGAUACCGAUCGACAUUAAAAACAUUACGCCAAGGAAAAGCUAAACUUGUUAUCAUCGCUAGCAACACACCUCAGCUGAGAAAAAGUGAAGUGGAGUAUUAUGCUAUGUUGUCAAAGACAGGUGUCCAUCACUACACUGGUAACAACAUCGAACUUGGUACGGCAUGUGGUAAAUACUUCCGUGUCUCUGUAUUAAGCAUCACAGAUCCAGGAGAUUCUGAUAUUAUAAGAUCUAUGCCAUCUGAACAAGAAAGUAAAUAAAUACUUUUCAUGACA